AUGCAGCACAUAGGUGAUUUCAAUUAUUCAAGGUUAGCAGAUUUCGGAGCUGCAAUAUCUGGUGCGAACAAGUUACAAAGCCAGCAAGUGCUUGAAGAGCUAGAUGUGUAUAAACGAUUAGAACUUACCCUGGAAUUAGUGAAGAAGGAAAUGGAGAUCAGUAAGAUUCAGGAAUCUAUAGCAAAAGCAAUUGAAGAAAAAAUAAGUGGUGAGCAGCGCCGUUACUUGUUGAAUGAGCAGCUUAAGGCCAUAAAGAAGGAACUGGGAUUGGAGACCGAUGACAAAACAGCACUUUCUGCAAAGUUUAGGGAAAGGCUCGAGCCAAAUAAGGAGAGAUGUCCGCCUCAUGUUUUGCAAGUCAUAGAAGAAGAACUAACAAAACUGCAACUGUUAGAAGCCAGUUCUAGUGAAUUCAAUGUAACCCGCAAUUAUCUUGAUUGGUUGACUGCAUUGCCUUGGGGUAAUUACAGUGAUGAAAACUUCGAUGUCAUACGGGCACAGCAAAUCCUUGACGAAGACCAUUAUGGAUUAACUGAUGUUAAGGAAAGGAUAUUGGAAUUUAUAGCAGUGGGAAAACUUAGAGGAACCUCACAUGGUUGGUGA